AUCAAACGAGACAUGGACUUGUAUUAACGCGGUCGUUCGGUGCUCUGUCCACUUAAGGACAGUCAGCGCGCGGACGAAGCGCAGCCUCGAUGAGCUUUCUUUUCGGCCGUGGUCACAAACACACGCAGGCUACGGAGUAAGAGAACACUGCACUUCACUUGCGUUACAGUUAAAAACGCGCAGCCGUCGUCGCCAGUCAGCCAGUUCCUCCGUGGUCGCAGGUGUCCAGAUACUCUAAAAGCCGCAUCUGCCGGCUAAUUCCCAAACCAGCUCACACUUCCUGUGUCUUUACUUCGUUGGCCGCCGUUGGAUAUUAUGUGCUUUAUAUGACAAACCGCUGCGUUUAAAGGUUGUGUUCCAUGUAACGUAAGACGUCAGUGGAGCCGUAGGCUGUGUGAUGAACCAUUUCCUCGAUUAUGUCUCUGCAUUUUAUGAGAUGAUUUCCGUGCUGAACUGAAGAAUCACCUGCACAGUAAAGACAUGGGUCUCGGACAGUCCAGCAAAACACCUGUCGCCACGGACAAUGAAGACGUGAACUUUGACCACUUCCAGAUCCUUCGGGCCAUUGGGAAGGGUAGUUUUGGAAAGGUGUGCAUUGUGCAGAAGAGAGACACCAAGAAGAUGUACGCCAUGAAGUACAUGAACAAGAUGAAGUGCGUGGAACGUAACGAGGUUCGCAACGUCUUCAAGGAGAUGCAGAUCAUGCAGAACCUGGAGCACCCCUUCUUAGUCAACUUCUGGUACUCGUUUCAGGACGAGGAGGACAUGUUCAUGGUGGUGGACCUGCUUCUGGGAGGGGACCUGCGGUACCACCUCCAGCAGAACGUGCACUUCUCAGAGAGCACGGUCAAGCUGUACGUGUGCGAAAUCGCCCUGGCGCUGCAUUACCUGAGGAGUAAACGCAUCAUACACAGGGACAUCAAACCAGACAACAUUCUGCUGGAUGAAGACGGCCACACGCAUCUGACGGACUUCAACAUCGCCGCCGUGGUAAAGGACGACUUGCGAGCCACGUCCAUCGCCGGGACGAAGCCAUACAUGGCUCCCGAGCUGUUCCAGCCCUUUGAGGGGACCCAUCCCGGCUAUUCCUUUUCAGUGGACUGGUGGUCUCUGGGCAUCACAGCCUACGAGCUCUUACGAGGACAGAGGCCCUACGUCAUGCGGUCCAGCACUCCGGCCAAUGAGAUCUUGCAGACCUUCCACAACGUCCACGUCAGCUACCCAGCCGCCUGGUCCACAGAGAUCAAGUUCUUACUGGGAAAGCUGCUGCAGGUGAACGCGGAGAAGCGCCUCUCCAGCCUGUCCGAGCUGCAGGAUUUGGAGUACCUGUCCGAUGUGAACUGGGACGCCGUCCUGGCCAAGCAGGUCCCGCCGGGAUUCAUUCCCAAUAAGCGCCGGCUGAACUGUGACCCCACCUUCGAGCUGGAGGAGAUGAUCCUGGAGUCCAAACCGCUCCAUAAGAAGAAGAAGCGCCUGGCGAGGAAGACGAAGGAGCAGGGCUCCAACAGCUCGCCCCAGACGGACAAACUGCAGCAGCGCCUGGAGAACAUCCAGAGAGACUUCAUCGUCUUCAACAGAGAGAGAUUAAGGAGAGCCAAGGAGGACGAAGAGGGCAACGACAUCAGCGCAAAAGAAAAAUAUGACAUCAUCGAAGAUGGACAGAACAAUAACAUAGACCCUGCGGCCUACGUAUCGGGAUAGCAACCUGUGUUAAUGGAGUCUGUGUUGCCUGGCUACAGAUCUUAAAACGACCAGUGCUGCCCCCUACUGGUGGAUCAGGUCCUGGACUCCCGGACCCAGGAAGGGGGAGGAAUGUGACCCGCUCAGAUCACAGAACCUUUGAGGCGUCCGACCCGAUUGAGUCUACCGCCAAAACCCUCUGCCUUGGCAUUAGAGAAACCGCGCUCAGGAAUGUAAUUGGGUUCUGACUUCAGACCGUGCUUUGUAAAUGCCUCACUGUGCAAUCAACUGCUUAGUGCUAUUUAGAGCAGGGUUGUCCAAUCUAGCCCGAAAAGGGCCGGUGUGGAUGCAGGUUUUGGUUAUAGCCCAGCGGUAUACUUACGUCUACUUAUCAAGCUCUUGAUUGGAGACCAUUAUUAGGUAAUUAGGUAAAUCAGGUGUUGUAGUUGCUGGGCUAAAACAAAAACUGGCACCCCCACCAGCACUUUGCAGAUAAUUCGGACACCCCUGCUGUUUUUUUAGGGGUGGGGGGGGGGGGGGGUAGUGGUGGUGGUGGAGGGGGGGAAUACUCUCCUUAAAGGAUACCCAAAUCUGACCCUUAUGACCAGUAGUGCUUUUCAUUCUUACCCUCGAUGCAGGACUGAUUUACACCUGGGACACCAGGUGAGUUAAAUCUCUGGCCAAUCAGCGGCAAUAAUCAAUCAAUCAAUUAAUUAUCAGGUAGAAAAGAAAACCAGCAGUGCACCUGGCCUCGAGGGCCAGAUUUGAGUAUUGCUGCUCUACUUCCCGUGGCUGUGCGCUGUAAUAUCAUAAACCUCCUUUCAGUGUCUCUUUUGAAAGUCGGUUCCUCAGAACUGUUUCGUAACCUGUCUCUUUGUGUUCACACUGUCCGUAGAAGGAGGCUUAUUUAUAAAAGAAGGGCAUCUCGUUUCCCAUUUCCUUAAGAGAAGCCUUAAGUUUCACAGUGAGCAAUGCUUCGUUUUGCUAGUGCACCGUUACCUUCUAGCAGAUGGUAACAAAUCCGUUUGUGUAAUUUUGAAAGCUGUGCUUUGAGGGAAAGUUUUCCCUGUGAGAGAAUAAUAGGGAAAGAUGACAUUAACUGCUAGUGCCGUAAUUCAUCAGUCGAAGAAAUAAUAAUGAAUUGGUGAAGGAGGUAGGAGGAGAUGAACAUUAAUUCUUGCAGUAGAUAGUAUUUAGAAAUAUGCAGCACCAUUUAGAGAAAGGGAUUUUUCAUUGCUAGUGACUAGGAACAUAAUUCUGAAAAUGGCAAAGAGGGGCAGUGUAAAUACUUUGUACUAAGCGUGAACUUUGUACCAAGUGAAAAAAAAAAAACACUACUAACUAUGUAAACAAAAUAAUGUUCACUAUUGCACUGGUAUGGAACAAAAAGCAGGCGAUGUGUUCGUUUCCUAAUAAAUAAAUAAAUUUAAAUUCA